GAAAUUUGAUUCUUAAUUUUUUUUAAUUAAAUAAUUUAGAAAAAUUUAAAUUUACUUAAUAAUAGAAAUAGAAAUAAUAAAGUAUUUUUUUCCUACUUAUUUUUAAAUAAAAAUGGCCUCAAAAACAUUACCGGAACCAUUAUCAGCAAAAUAUAAAGAUUCAUUUGCAUAUAAAACACUUAGUUAUCGUUUACCAGUGAUCAUAACAAAAGUAAUUGAUCUAUUAUGUCGACAACGAAAAGAAAUUACUUCGAUUGAUUUACAAUUACCAUCGGAUCAACAAACUGAAGCGGAAGAAGAGACUAAACAAUUGAUUGAAGAAUUGGCUAAACUUAAGUAUGAACUUCAAACAAACAAACCAAUAAAGCCAAUUAUAUCGACAUUACCAGAUGCAAAAGCAUGGAAUGAUUUAUUGGCUGAUGAAUAUCGCAAAAAUAAUGAUGUUACUUAUUAUAAUGUUAUUUGGCUUUUAAGUGAAUGUUAUUUCUAUCGAAUGAUGCGUGAAAUUUUUAUUCGUUCAAAAUAUUUUCAAAAUUUUGAUCAUUUUUUCACCGCUAAAAAAGAAUCAUUUAAACUUUGUAUAAAACCGGCCGAAAAAUUGGCCACACAUUUAUUAUCACUAAGCAACGACGAACAAUCAUUCGAUCAAGAAUCUACAUUUAAAUUUUAUACAAUGCAUUCAUUAUGGGGUAAUAAAUUAGAUCUAUCAAUAUCAUGUGGUGAACGUAAUCAAACCGGUGAUUUUGAUUUAAAUGAAUUGGAAUCGAAAAUUCUUGUGAAUGAUUUAAAAAAUUUUUGGUAUUAUUUGAAACAAUUGUCUACUAAUAUUAAUGAUAAACAAUCAUAUCGAAUAGAUAUCAUAUUGGAUAAUGCUGGCUAUGAAUUAUUUACUGAUUUUUGUUGGUUAGAAGCUAUGCAUACUAUUGGAUUAUUGCCAAAAGAUAAAAUAAUUGUACAUAUUCAUGUAAAAUGUAUGCCAUGGUUUGUAUCGGAUACAAUGACUAAUGAUAUAAAAUGGUUAUUAAAAUAUAUUAAUGAUACACCGGAAAUUAGUUCGAAUCUUAAAAAUCUAAACAAUCGUUUCAAUGAAAAUUUUCGUCAUCGUCGAUGGAUAGUUGAAGAACAUGAUUUUUGGACAUUACCACAUGAUUAUGCACAGAUGUCACGUAUAGCACCGGAAUUAUAUCAAAAUUUAUGUAAUGAAUCCUGUCUGGUAUUGUUUAAAGGUGAUCUUAAUUAUCGAAAAUUAAUUGGCGAUCUUAAAUGGGAUAUUGGAACAUCAUUCAAACAAGCACUUCGAGAAUUUCAACCUAAAGCUAUUUGUGCAUUGCGUACAAUUAAAGCUGAUGUUGUUGUCGAUAUCAAUGAUCCAAUUACAAUCGAACGUAUUAAACAAUUUCCUAAGGAUUGGAUGGAAAUUGGUGAAUAUGCUGUUAUACAUUUUCUUAAAAAUUAAAUAAACUGUGAUCCGUGUAGUUCUCUAUA